AUGUCUAACAUUCGGCGUAUCGAUGUUCACCACCACAUCAUUCCUCGCCAGAUAGAAGUAAGGUUCUGUAUCCGUUACCUCUUAGACGAAUCGUCUAAUGAAGUCAAUUUAGGAGUCGGGGCUGGUCUCAAAGGCAUGAAAGUCCCGUCAUGGAGUGUCCAAAGUGACAGGGCGUUCAACAAGACUUACAACAUCACCUCUGCCAUAUACUCUGUCGGCACUCCUGGAGUCACCCACAUCACUGACCCUGAAGAGAGCGCCAGAGUUGCUCGCGCCAUGAAUGAAUCCCUACUCGAGGAGCUACGCUACGCUUUCGAUACUCUCAAGGCAGAUGGAGUUACCUUGUUCACGAGCUAUGCCACUCCUCAGGGAUAUCUCGGACACCCCGAGUAUGUCCCGAUCUGGAAGGAGUUGAAUCGUCGUAAGGCCGUUGUCUUUGUCCACCCCAUCAACAAUAUUUCGGCUGUCUACUUUAACGAUCGACUUCCAAUGCCUGCUUUCGAUUGGCCUCACGAGACAGGCCGUACAGCCAUGCACAUGAUUCUCAACAGACGCCUCGAGUAG